GAGCGGGCGUGAAGGGAAGGGCCUGUUUUAACGGACACACAAGCGGUUUUGCGUUCACGGGAGCACCGAAUACCGGAGAUGUCGGUGAAUAUGGACGAAUUAAGGCAUCAAGUGAUGAUUAACCAGUUUGUUUUGACCGCGGGAUGUGCGGCGGAUCAGGCGAAGCAGCUUCUCCAGGCGGCGCACUGGCAGUUUGAGACGGCCCUGAGCUCGUUUUUCCAGGAGGCUAACAUCCCCAGUCAUCACCAGAUGAUGUGCACUCCACGCAACACUCCAGCCACCCCGCCCAACUUCCCGGACGCCAUCACGAUGUUCUCCAAGCUGCGAGCGUCCGAGUGCCCGGGCGGAGGCGUGUCUGCGGGCGGAGGCUCCUCAGCGCAGGUGUCUAUGGCCUGUUCACCUCCUCACGCCUCCUUCUGGGCCUCCUCGCCCCCAAACCAGCAGCCCGUGUGGCUCCCGCCGUCCUCCCCGACAGGACAUCACACACUCCACCAUCACCACCACCACAUGCACCCGCCGCCCUCGUGGCCACCUGUUUCACAGCCCGCCAACGGCCCGCAAACUCCCGUCAUUUCAGCCCUGCACGGUCAGAGAUGAGGACGAACCUCGCUCAGCGUUUAACAGAGACUUCUGCGACGGCCACCGGGGGGGGGGGGAACACCUGGUUUGUCUGUUUUCUAAACGAACAAUCUCGAUUUUGGAGAUCUCGUGUGUAUUUUUGUUCUUUUAUCUCGAUUUCUGUCCUGGGAGGAACCACUAUGAACGGAGGUUAUAACGAGGCUGUGUUUGUUUCGCUCUUCAUCACUGAUUAAAAGCCACGGAAAUUCGGACGGGACGAUUUUUAUGUGUGUGUUUUGACGUCUGCAGCGCUGUCAGCAACACACACUCGCAAUAAAACUGCUGACAGACGAGACUCUGUUUCAUUAUCGUUGGUGGUCGUGCCGUUCUGCAUCCCAGGAUGAGCUGUUUCAGAUUCAUCACGGACUUUAAUCUGCUCCAAAUGCACAUUAUUUUAGUGUGCAUGUCCUCAGACUGAGAUAUUAUCAUGGUUCAGAUUAAACUCAACCCAGCGUAAG